UCAGAAUAAGUUCUAAUCAUUAUGAUUCAUUUAGCUGAGAAUUUUACUUUUUUGCAAUAGUGCUGAACUUAGAUUCUGUCAUCAACAUUGGACAAUGAUGUAGGGAAAGAAUCGACAUCGUCGAACCAAUUAUUUAUUGCAUUCCAGAACUUUUACUCCUUUAGCAAAGUAGUGGAUGAACCAAGCACUCUAAAGAUAUCAAAACAGGGCACCAGGCUCUCAGACACAUUGCAACAUCCUACUACUAUUGGAUAUGGAAUAAAGAUAGCAUAUGAAGUGUCUAUUCUUAUUCUCAUCUUUUCUUUUCUACGUGCUUCAUAGAAUAAAAAUCCAAGAAAAUAACUUUGUUUUUAUUCAAUUUUCUGCUUCAAAUCUUACAAGUGUCGUUUCUGUUUAGGCUAAAAUUUCUUCUGUAGUUGAUUCAGAUCAUACAAACGCGAACUGUGGACGGUUAUUCAGCAACUAAUAUACUGAAAACUUUAUUAAUGCAAGUAGUGCCUCAUUGAUUCAAGUUGUUGCGUCAUGAUGUUACUAACAAUUUCCAUUACAGUCUAGGUCGAGCAUAAGUUGUUAAAGAAGUAGGCUACUGUGUGUCAGUGGGAAUCUCAUGUCCAUGCUCGUAUUUAUCAUCAUGAAUAAGGUUUUCAAGUGUCUUAUACUUUGAUUAGAAUGAGAGAGUAUCAAGUGGAAAAGUAUGUUGGGAUUGUAUUUUCCCCUUUGGAUCUUAUGAACAUGUAUAAGUCAGGAACAAGAUGAAAAAAGGACUCCCAAUGCCAGUCAAGUUCGAACAAAAAAAAAAAAGAUUGAGAGUUGCUUUAACUCUUGACAUCAUCAUCAACAAUGGCAAUCUUAGUUAACUGAGAUUCAAAAUUUAUAACUGUUGUCUGUGAGUAUAUAUAAGUUUGAGACUAAUCUGUAGCUAAAGAUAAAAUAAUUCGGUAUGGCUAUGGAAAAAGACAUUCUUAUUCUUCAUUUUGUUGGCUAUUGAGGAUGUUAAUGAAUAGAUGAGAUGACCUUUAUUAACUGUUGGAUUGCUAUUACUUUUUCUCUAUAAACAACCACACCGUUGCUAGUUUCAAAAUCUAGUAGCUGUUGUUGUCGCCUAUCUUAAUCAUUCCACUAUCUCUCCAAGGCUAAACAGAAUACUGCCCUGAAUCGGACUUGGUUGUGUAAUCCCAGUUUUAAUUGAACAACAACACUAUGACCCAGCUGAGCGCUGCCAUUCCUGGUGAUUAUGUCACAUACACAAGUCCUUUUCCUCCUCUAUAAAUAGCAACCUAUUGUGGCUCUUAUAACUCAUCAGCACCAGUUCCUAUUGUGAACCCCUCGCUCCAUUUUAUACUUUUGUCACUUAACUUGGUCACAGAUGGAAUACUCUACCUUGUACAACCAGAUUGCCAUGAUGAAGAAGAGUUUCUUUGAUCAGGGUUUCCUGGAUGAACAAUUUUAUCAGAUAGAAGAUCUGCAAGAUGAUGCUAGCCCUAAUUUUGUGGAGGAGGUUGUCACGUUGUUCUUCAGGGACUCAUCGAGAUUGAUCACCAACAUUGAUCAAGCCCUUGGUAAGCUUCCCCAAGAUUUUGGACGGCUGGACUCACUCAUGCACCAACUAAAGGGUAGUGCUUCCAGCAUCGGUGCUGCCAAACUGAAGAACGAGUGUACUGUUUUCAGAGAUUUCUGUCAUAAAGAAAACAUUGAAGGAUGCUUAAGACAAUUCCAAAAGGUAAAGAAGGAGCACGCAAGCCUGAGACAGAAGCUAGAGAACUAUUUCCAGUUGCUCAGGCAAGUUGGUCCUGUGGAGAAAGCUAACCGAUCCGGCAAAUAAUCAAGAGGGUGGAGAUGGAGAUUGCACAUGAAAGUAUGAGUCCAUGAUAAUGCAAGUCUCAAUAUGUUUAAGCUUAGGUUGCACUCUUAUGAGUUUAAGCAAUGUUAUUAUUAGAGACAAGUUCACUUGUAAAAGCUAUAUGAUAGACUCAUUGAGGUAGCUGCUAUCUCAACUGUAUUGCUAUAAUUUUGUGCAAGGCUUUAGUCGCGAUGUUGGGACGA